UGUGGAAACAGGAGGAAAUCAGCAGCAGGCUGCGCAGAACCACAUUUAGCUCCGUUUUCUGAAAGUGUUCACACUUUAUUUCUCCUCGGUUACGUUCGCGUACCAUGACCGAACAAUCAGCUUUACUUCUUCGAAAACAACUGGCAGAGCUCAACAAGAACCCUGUGGAGGGCUUUUCAGCUGGUCUCAUAGACGAUGACGACAUUUACAAAUGGGAAGUUGUAAUCAUUGGUCCACAAGAUACUCUUUUUGAAGGAGGAUUUUUCAAAGCAUAUCUAACCUUUCCCUACGAUUAUCCACUACGACCACCAAAGAUGAAAUUUAUCACUGAGAUCUGGCAUCCAAAUGUUGCAAAGAAUGGGGAUGUUUGCAUCUCAAUCCUGCAUGAGCCAGGAGAAGAUAAAUUUGGAUAUGAAAAGCCUGAGGAGCGCUGGCUUCCAAUCCACACCGUAGAGACAAUCAUGAUUAGCGUCAUCUCCAUGCUGGCAGACCCAAACAGUGAUUCUCCUGCUAAUGUGGAUGCUGCAAAAGAAUGGAGAGAGGACCCGAAUGGUGAAUUUAAGCGAAAGGUUGCUCGCUGUGUAAGAAAAAGUCAAGAAAUGGCAUUCGAUUAGGACUUGGCUAUAAAUUUCGGGUUCUAGGAAACGCCUUCAGAGUGGAAACUUCAGCAAAAGGCUUUUGCACCCUUUGUUUUGCCAGUCAAAGGAAUUGGUUGGCCUCAACUCCGUUUCUGUGAAUGGUCUGCCAGAUGAGCCAAUUUGAGAAUCCUACCAGCGAAAUUAACCUGUUUCCUACCUGGAAUUGUAUAUUUAAUUUUAUUUAUUUUGGAAAAGAAAUGAUGUAAAAUAUGUCACUACUGUAAAUUAACUUGCUUUUUUAUCUGCUGCUGAACAGUUUCUACUUUAUACCAGGUUUCUUAUGCAAUUUAGUGGUCAAGAUUGUGUAAAACAAAACAAAAACCUGUUCUCAUUAGGUUCUUUGUCCUCCCUGCUGCAUACUAACAGAUUAUUGUCAACCCACCCAGUCUGUCGGUGGAUAAUUGUUACUUUUAAUGCUGUCUUUUUAUCACUGUUGCCUUUUGUUGGCUUCACCUCAUCACAGCUAGCUUUGUUUAAAGAAACCGGUUGAAAACUUUUAGAGCAAUUUUUCAGUUUUUUUUCUUUCUGACGUCCCCGUGUGUCUGAGAUAUUUGAAACCACAAGACCCAAAUGUGCAAAAUGCAUUCGAACAGUUCUGUAGCAAAUAGUUGUUGGCUGUGAAUUGUUGUUGAUCCUGUGCAGCAGUUCAAGAGUUCUUGUUUGAUGAUAAAUACACUGACUUGUACAGGCAGCAGAAAGUUUGUGCCAAUUUCUCAGGAUCGAGUUUUGGAACGGUCAUGGUUUGCAAUCGAUGAGGUAAAAUCUCAGUCUCAUCUUUCCCCCUAACUUGUGGUCUGACAGGGAAAAAUAGGGAUGUUCACUUUAUAAUAAAAUGUAGCCCAGUUUUUAAUUACUCCUCCGGUGGACUGGUGAGCAGACACUUGGAUGAACCUCAGUUUAAACGGACUGGAUGAGGUUCUUGGUCUGUUUGGAAACACUUUUCGGGCUCCAUAGUUCAGUAGACUAGUCGUUCCUUCUUUCAUGUGGCACAUUUGAUUCAUGUGUGUGUAAAACCACAGUUUACUUGUGGGCUUAGAUUCUUGAGGGUAGACGGUUAAAUGCUGCUGCUUUUGUUUUGCCCCUCCAUCUGAAGUUCUGAUCAUUUGGAUAGUAUUUAUCACCUUUAGUUAUUAGCUGGGAUAUUGAAUGGGGACAUCAUCUCACCUCCUAAGGAAGCAUAACUAGGUCAGGUGCGCAGAAAGACUUCAACUUCUGAUCUAAAUUUAUAUUUUAAAAAGUAUGUGUCAUGGGUGGACUUGAAGAGAAGGAGUGUUUAUUGAGAGGUGCUGAUUAGACGCUGUGAUUUCACGUUACUUUUCGUGGCACUCACUAAAAGCAGCUGGCCGUCUCUUGGUGCACGCAGUCAGUUUGGACGGAGUACGGUCCACCUCGAGUAGUUCACCCCCGUUAGUCCACUCUGGGUGGAUGUGAUGUGUACAGUUAGUUGUGAAGGCUUCAUGAUCACGUACCUGCUCUUUAACGUUUUCCACAACAAAGAUCCAACCCACCGUGACCUCUGACCGGGAUUCACUGUAUUUGCACAGAUGCAGUGCGUUUGAAAUGUCAUGAAGCAAUACGCUCUGAAAGUAGUGCGUCCAGGUAAUCCACCACAACGCCAGUAUUUUUCUUCUAGGU